UUGACCCCCCAACACGCCCGGCGCUUAAAUGGCUUCCAGCAGCCGCGACAAUGGCAAAGAGGCGCAGCAUCCGGGCUUUGAGUCGAUUGAGGAUGAAGAGCAUGCUGACUUUUCUUUUGGACCUGAACAUGAGUUUAGUCCUAAGCAAGGAGCCAAAGCCAGUCGCUCCGCAUCGUCCGCGGCACCGUCGGUGCUGGGCAAAAGCAACGAAGGUGCCAGAGAAGUCGAUCUGGAGAUGCAGCCAUUGACAGGAGCUGAUGAACCACCCCAGGUGCAGGUGGAACGUCCAAAGAAAAGGCUCUACAAUGUUUGGCCCUCCCGGAACAAAUUUUUCUGCAAAGGCACCAUGAUGACAGGCGGUGAGACAGAAAUGGGAAUCACUCCCAACUGUUCAGUUCCGAACCUUUGCGUUUGGACCUGCAUCUUGGCUCCCUGCUCGCUGUACUUCAUUUGGGUCUUUCCGCAUCUCUGGAAAGAAGGUUGCUAUACCUUGCCCUUGGCCACCCUGGCAGUAUUCGUGAUGGCCACCGGCUUCCUUUUGGCCACCUGCUGCUCCGAUCCGGGCAUCAUCCCCAGACGCGAGGUGGUGAUUGCCACGAAGACGGCCAAGCAGCUGCAGGAGCAGCUGGGCUAUGAUUUGCUUUGUAUGGACUCUGUUCCCUUGGAUGGCAGGGGCGGAGGAGGAAAGCUGCCAGUAGAGUUGACCAGUCGUGGGUAUCGCUGGUGCCGGACGUGCAGAAUCAUCAGGCCCCCACGCUCCUCCCAUUGCCCGGACUGUGACAACUGCGUGAUGCGGUACGAUCAUCAUUGUCCCUUCGUCAACAACUGUGUUGGCCAGCGCAACUAUCACUUUUUCUUUGGCUUCGUCACAUCGGUCUUAUGUUUGGCGAUGAUGGUGCUGCCUGUGCUGUUCUGGUUUCUGAACAGCGAGAAUUUCGAGUUAGCGGUGGAUGGCAUGAUCCACGUGAGCAGUGGUGCCUUGCAGCCGGUCUUCUACGCACUCAUCGCGUUGGGGGCCCUGGUGGGGAUCGCGACGCUCCUUUCCUUCGUCCUAUGGGUCUACCACGUCUUUCUGAUUGCAACCAAGAGGACCACGAAGGAGUUUCGACGGAAUCUGGAGAACAUUGCGGAGGAGCCCACCUUGUGCGCGUCGCGCGGACCUCGAUUGUUUGAUCCUUGGGCCUUGGUGGACCCCCGCGACCUGAUUCGUGUGGAUGAAGCGCCGCCACCGGUGCCCAACAAUUUGUGCGUGGAUGUUUGGAGCUCGUGCUUCGGGGAUGAGUACAGCUGAUCCGGACAGCCAAACGUGGCGCUGGACGGUUUCACCGUCGUUGCUGAGCCUCGAAGUUCCGACAUUUCAGGGAAACUUCCUGGGGUAUAC